UCGAGAUAGUCACGUGAACUGUAUUUCAGUCAGUUGCAACCGUGAGUUCCUUGACAACCAAACCUAGUAACGGAGCGGCGGGCGCGAGACGACAUGGCGGAGGAGGCGGACUCCGGGGCACUGAACGGCGAGCAGGAGCGGCGGCUCCGGGAGAGGAAGAUUCAGACCCGGGUCAGUAAUGAGGAAUAUCUGAGGAGUCAUCCGGAGGUGAAGCUGCUGCUCUCUGGAUUCAUCCGAGAAGUUUUACUAAAAAGACCAGAAAAUGUCAGAGUGUUUGCAGCAGAUUACUUCACAGACUCUGCGCUGCGGGACCAGAUCCAGGAGGAGAGGAGCCCCCAGUGACAUCCCCUGCGGUGGACUCCAGUCUGGACGCCCUGCGCUAUGGUGGGGGAGGGAGUGACGUCCACAGGAGCCGCCUCCAGCUUCACCGCCCCUCAUGUGACUGAUUAUAUCUACUUACAUCUACCGCCGCCUCCUGCUGCAGUGCAUGAUGGGAGUUGUAGUGCUUUCACCGUGAUCCGACAACUGCGGACCUCACGCCAGCCCCUGCUGGUUCAGGGUCUGUACCCUGCGGGGCAUGGUGAGAGAUGUAGAGACAGAUGUCAUUAACCUGCACAUUCACUGUAGACAGCUGGAACAAGUGACCGCAAAAAUGA